UGCAUUACCAGGAUCUAGAGAGUCUAGAAUGCUGUAUGUCAUUGGCUCAUUGUGCUGCGUGUAUUAAACGGCUAGUGUCAAGCGAGUUAUAGGAUUCGGACCCCGAUAGAUUCGAGUAGUCUCACAUUGGAACGAUGCGAUUUGCGUACUUGUUAGCAUGGCUUGUGGGGUUCAUUUCUUGUGAUUUGGUUUGUGGUAAGGAGGUGACCACACAAAAAAUUCUGGUCGAGACAAGCCUGAAGACUUAUUUAACCCCAGUUAGCCUUCGUUGCACGUUUCCGGGAAGUCCACGUCACGGAAGGAUAGUGCGCCAUCAAAAUGGGUUUCCGGACAACUCCACCAUUGAGUUUGGCUGCGAUCACGGCUAUAUGUUGCUGGGACCCAAAAGUAUGCGUUGUGUUGGGGGCGCAUGGGCUAGAGGAGUCCCAUACUGUGUGCGCGAUGUUGCCAGGGAUAAACCAGCUUUUCUGAAACCAGCUGACCCGAAGAGGACUGAAUCGCCUGUGCAAGUUGCUGGUCUUGCCCUCGAUGGUAACGAUGAAACUUGUUCCUUUACCCAUUCAACUUGGCAUCCGAGAUUGUGGAGUGUAGCAUUGCUGGAAGAAAUGACCGUGAGCACGUUGAAGAUCGUCUUCGGGACUUCGUUGAAGGAGGCUCAGCUAGAGGUUCGCGUCGGAAAUAGCCAUCCACCGGCGCUGAAUCAAAUUUGCUGGAGUGAUACCAAAGACUUCGAGACAAAAGUACCACACUACAUCAAAUGCAACGAACCAUCUACCAGAGGAAGAUACGUUUCGAUCCACCUUCGAAGCGUUGAACGUACUCCGCUUUCAUUAUGCACGGUAGAGGUUCAUUCUGAGUCUGGUGUGGCGCCAGAAGAUGCUUGCCCAAAUCUCACUGGCGAAAAAGGCGAUGUAAACAAUACUGUCGUCGAAUUAUUUCAUGGCAAAUGUAUUGAGUUCCAUACGGCUGAACGACGCGUUCCCUUAAACGAGGCUCGGAACAUUUGCGAGGAUCGUGGAGGUCGACUUGUUGGUCGUGGCUUGAAGCGUCACGGAUUGCACUUCCUUGCGUGGAGAGCUGCGAAACUUUUUGGUCAGGAUCCGUUCUGGUUAGAUGCGAGCUCGAAUCAAGGAGUGUGGACUUGGGAUGACAGCCAGGAUCCAAGUAUGGAGCUGGCCCGUGAAGAAGAAUCUGUAGACAGUCGAUGUUUCGCCGCCGGACCCACAAGGACAUUCGAGCCGGCUAACUGUGCGCAAGGUCUCCGUGUAGUUUGCCAAUUCGAGCCGCUUAGCUGCGGUACUGCACCCUUACCAAAAGCCCUUCGAGACUGGGCGCUUUUUGAUAAACUCAAAGUAGGUCAGUCCCUGAGCGACAUAAGGUGUGAAGACGGGUUUUUUUCAUCACCAGACGACCGUCUUGUAUGCCAAAAAAACGGAACACUUUCAGGAAGCCUUCGCUGUAAACCUUUCCCGUGUGGGCCGCCUCCUUUUGUGGAGGGAUCCAGCGUUCAUAUGCGUCCCCCAGAUUCUGUUAAAUACACAUGCAUAUCUGGUCGACUUCUAAAGGGAAAUACCUUGAUUCACUGUAAUGCCUCGAGUUCUUUAUGGGCACCGGCGCCGCAGUGUGAGCGUGUGCUCGAUUUUUUAGCAAGAAACGUAGACUCUGUCCAGUGUGCUGUCAAAGAGCGUUUGACUAAUGGAUUAGAGAAAUACAGAUCUUUUCCGCGCGGCACGCGCUUCGGCAUAGUGGCAGGCCUACUGGCUCUUGUCCUGAUCACUACAGUCGGUAUCGUCAAAUGUUCCUAUAGGCAGAAGGCUGGCAACAAGAUUUAGAGUGGGAAAACGCUGGCCAAUUUCUCGCAGCAACGACCUUCUGUGGCGAAGCGAUACCCCCUCACGUGAGGUGUCAC